UUGUUCUAUGAGAGAGAAGUAAAGUGGAGGAGCUGGUUGGAGGAAGUGACCAGUGGAGUACCAUGUGCUUACGGUGAAGCGGUCCCGUUCGGUUGCCGUGUAUUGGCUCCAGAACAGAAGGGCAAUAUGAAGUUUACUGAGCACCUCGCAGCGCACAUAACGCCGGAAUGGCGGAAACAGUACAUCCUCUACGAGGAGAUGAAGACCAAAUUGUACGAUGCGAUCGAGAGAGCUCCAUCCGCAGAAGUUGUGGAAGUGAGCAUAAUCGAAAGAUACCUGGCAAACUUCGACGAGGACUUCUUGCAGUAUUGCGAUAAGGAGCUGUCGAAAAUCAAUACCUUUUACGCCGAAAAACUGGCCGAAGCCACUCGGAAGUUCAGUAACCUCAAAGCUGAACUCUACAAUUACGUAACCAAAGUAGAAGGAGGACACAGCAAGUUCGACCAGAAACGCAAACAGGCGGCAAGCGUGGCGCUAACGACGCUGGCCGCUCCCUUCGAUCGGAAAGCCAAGGAAGUCAAAUCGCACACUCGGAAACUUCACGACUUGAAGCUCGCCUUCUCAGAGUUUUAUCUCUCGCUGAUACUCCUCCAAAACUAUCAGAAUCUCAACUUCACAGGAUUCAGAAAGAUACUGAAGAAACACGAUAAGCUGUUAGGAACGAAUUCCGGUGCACAAUGGCGUCAGACCUACGUCGAGACGGCCACAUUCUACACGAACAAAGACAUCGACAAGAUCAUUCAGGAGGUCGAAACUCUCGUAACGAGUCAGCUAGAAGGAGGCGAUCGACAGAAAGCCAUGAAACGAUUGCGAGUACCCCCACUCAACGAUCAACAAUCUCCUUGGAUCACCUUCAAAGUGGGGUUCUUUCUCGGCGCGUGCCUCAUCCUCAUGAUCGCGGUCGCGCUGUCGGCAGUUUACACUCAGACUCGGAAUGACUGGAGGGUUGUCUUCAGGCUGUACAGAGGGAGCUUUCUCGUUGUGAUCUUCCUCUUCCUGAUCGGCAUCAAUGUCUACGGCUGGAGGACCUCGGGGGUGAACCACGUUCUCAUUUUCGAACUCGAUCCGCGGAACCAUCUGAGCGAACAACAUCUCAUGGAAAUGGCUGCCAUUUUCGGCGUAUUAUGGACUGUCUCGGUUCUUGCGUUCUUAUACUCACAGUCGCUAGGUAUUCCAACGUAUGCCAACCCAUUGGCACUCGUAUUGUUCAUGUUGAUUUUUCUCCUGAAUCCCACUCAGACGUUGCGUCACAAUGCCAGAUUCUGGCUACUAAGAGUUCUGGGUCGGAUAUUCGCCGCUCCGUUUUUUUACGUGAACUUCGCCGAUUUCUGGCUGGCUGAUCAAUUGAACUCCCUCGUUCCGAUCUUCACUGAUGCGCAGUACUUCGUGUGUUUUUUCGCAACGGACUUCAACUGGAUGGAGAACACGGGUAAAGAAGUGCCUUCACUGAUCUCGCUCGAAGAAGAUGCGUUCAAAUGCAUGAAAAGUCCUGCGAACAUCAUCUUGAGACCCAUGCUGUCCUGUCUACCGGCGUGGUUUCGUUUCGCGCAGUGUCUGCGACGAUAUCGGGAUACUAAGGAAGCGUUCCCCCAUUUAGUCAACGCGGGGAAAUACUCAACUACGUUUUUCACGAUAACAUUCUCUACAUUAUUCAAUCUUUACAAAUCCGAGUACGAUAAUUUGGGCUCGAAUCCAUUUUUCUACUUGUGGGUCAUAUCGAUGAUUGUUUCUUCGUGCUACACAUAUACGUGGGACAUUCGGAUGGAUUGGGGUCUGUUCGACGCCAACGCAGGGGAGAACCGCUUUCUUCGCGAGGAGAUCGUCUACUCGAGCGUAUGGUAUUAUUACGUUGCGAUCGUAGCAGAUCUACUCUUGAGGUUCGGUUGGACCCUCUCUCUGUCACUCACCGAAUUGGGAUUGAUACACGCAGAUCUCAUGCUGACGAUUCUCUCACCUCUAGAGGUUUUCAGACGUUUCGUUUGGAAUUUCUUCCGUUUGGAAAAUGAGCAUCUGAACAAUUGCGGUAAAUUCAGAGCUGUCCGUGACAUCAGUGUUGCCCCCUUGGACAGUUUCGAGAGGGGCUCGUCCGGGGGAGUGAAUCCCGAAAUGCUUAUACGCAUGAUGGACGAGCCGAACGGGGUCAUUAACAGAGGCAAUCCUUCGGGGAAAACCAAGAAGAAGAACAAGAAAAACAAAGGAAACGCGGCAGAGACCCGACUGUUGCUGGAGGACUCUGAUGGUCACACGGACUGUUGAUCGGACCCUAAAGCCGAUUUCAUCUCAUCUGUCAUCUUGUGAAACCUUGUAAAGAACCAUCUCCAUCGAGUUGGAGAUCGAGUCAUGCACGGCCGUGCGUCUCGACUCCGACAGAAUCCAACCUAGACAAUCUCUGCGCAUCUUCCCUAACUUCAGGGUCCCACUCACUGGGCGCGAGGAAGGUCGACUCGAUAGUCCAUGGUUGAGAUACGCCCGUGACGAAUCCCGUGUUCAUUUAGUACAAAUGCAGAGCGACACUCGCUCCAAUCAGUUUCGAAUUCUAGCUAUCGAAGUUCCCUUCUGAGUAUCUCGUUCAAUCUUUUUCCGCAUGUUACGAUUGUCCUUGGUUCGAGAUUCUCUCAGGAAUCUAUUGUUUCACUUCGAAGAUCGCGGGUACAAUUAAUGUGAUGGCGACGAUGCUCUCGGAAGUUCAGGUGCAAUCAGUGCGGCAAAGUACUCAAUACCCGGAGAGCUGUUCUAUUCCCGGUAUGACCUUAUAUUUACUCUAAGGUAUCAGGAUAUCGGCUGAGUGUUUCUUUUUUCAUUGGCCGAGCGUGUUCAUUGAACUAUUCGGAAGCUUCUCGGGCUGAGCGACCCUUGAUGUCUCCUUCCGUUCGAAUGAAGAAUCAUUCACUUUCUUAUGAUGAAGUGCAAUUAGGAGAGACCACCGCGAGGAAACU